CACAUAUGAUCUUUUCCUAUUUAUGUUUUUUUUAAUAAAUGUAAUUUUUAUUUACGUGUAGUUGUAAAUAACAUUUGAUGUUAUGAGUUACAUUAAAAAUAAUUUCUUAUUUUAAGAAGAUGAGGUUGUUUACAUCUGAUCCCACGUCAAAUUUAAGCUGGAGCCAGGAGUAUUAAAAGAUUGUUAUAUAGAUAUGAAAGAUCAAUCUGAAAGAUGGAUUAUUCUUCCUUUCUCCUUUGGUUGUUCUUCCAAUUCCAGUGUUGCUGUUGGAUCUCCUAGCCCUCUUAAUGAUGCUGCACAAACCAGCAGGCAAAAGGAUUUACCAAUCUGCAAGAAAUCGAAGAAUGCUCUUAGCUUCAAGUAUCCCACGUCCAAGCUAUCUAAUGGAAUUCGAAGAUUCAUUAGAAGUCUCAAAUCUGUCUCUAAAUUUUUUGUUUAUAAAGAUGACAUAAUUGAAGAAGAGAAAGAAAUGGAGAUAGGCUAUCCAACAGAUGUGAAGCAUCUAACCCACAUAGGAUGGGAUGGUUCUACAACUAUUUCAAAUGCAGUAAAAGGGUGGGAAAACUUGACAACUUCUGAAAUAAUCUCUUUUCCAUCAAUUUCAUUACCACAAUUUGAGGUUGCAAUGACACAACAAGCUGCUGUUGCUGCUGCUUAGGAAGAUAAACUUGUUUGAUAUUUACUGAUUUUUUAUAAUCACCCUUCUCAGAUGAUAAAAAUUCGGUGCAGCAUAAUUCGCUAACUAAUUCGCCGUUUCUAUUCGUGAUUUGUUCAAAUUGGUUAAAAUAUAGACCAAAACUGAUCAUAAUUCACUUUUUUCAAUUUGUGUAUACGAGUAGAUUUGUGAAACAUAUGCCACUGUAUAGGCUUGAUGAUCAAUUGUUAUUGAGAUGAACACAAUUCAUUGCUCCUAAUGGUUGAUUAUUAGUAUUUAGUUUCAACUAAUUUAGCUUUGUCAAGCCAUGUAGAGAUUGUAAUCUAUAUGUAGUACUUGAAUUGAGAACAUACUUGCCUUUGUGCUUGUUGUACAUUACAAGAUCUAAAGUAUUAUACUACUACUAUAUGUUAUCA